CCACCGACGCACCAUUCAGCAAAACCACAAGAAUACGAAGUAGAAAUCUGACUGAAAAAGGCAGAAAAGAUGCGAGAGUAAAGAGAAUAAUUAAACGAAGCUGAAUGAAACUGAUCAAUGGCGUGACAGGCAGCAACUGAUUCGAGUAAAGGGAAUUCAGUCAAGUCAUAAUGACUGAUGUUUAUCCAAUUCAUUAAGAAUUUGUAAACACCAAUUCCUUAAAUAUUUAGGGAUCAAAGUAAAUAACCAGCCUCACAAAUCAUUGAUUUUCGUGUAUUGCUGCUGUUUUGUAAUGUGGUUUCUGUUAGUCUUUUCUCAGUUUAAAAAUCGUUCAACUAACAAUAAAGGCGCAGUAAUAUGCUGGUCAAACAAACUGAUAACUAAAUCAACAUAAUUCUCUUUUUGCAUAGUAAUCUGAUUGAAGAUAUUUUGACGAAUUCAUUCCUAGAGGAUGACGUUGACUUUACUGACACAAUAGUUGUAUCGUUCGCAUUUCAUUGAAAUUGAAUGUAACCGAAUAAAAAGUAGUCUAAUGUACUUGUGUUGAUGAUCCUUAUAAUUAGUUUACACCUAGGAUUCUGAACUCACAGUCCAAUUUCUGAAAGUAAAGCGUCUAAAGAAAUUGUCCACAUAUCUUUUUCCCCUUCAUUUUAGUGUUACGUAUCUAAUUUCUAUUUAAAAUAGUGUCGACCUAAGUUUAUACUACGAAAGAUAGUUCAUCGGUGAAUCAGUUAGAUGAAAACUAACUUAAGGUUACAUAAAGAUUACACACAGACUCGAAACAAUGUUUCCUCUAUCAAAAAAUAUUUUUGUUUUAAUGCGCGCGAUACUAAAUUGUCAAGAAUAAGAUUUCCUAACCUCUUUUUGUUAAAUAAUUUAUGUAGGUGCUUUCCUUCUACCCUAUUUCAUCAGUGUUAUAAUUGCUGGUGUGCCAUUAUUUCUUCUUGAAGUUGCAUUGGGCCAGUUUAUGUCUAAAGGAGCAAUUGCAGCAUGGGAUAUUUGUCCACUUUUCAGAGGUAUUGGAUGUGCAAGUACCCUAAUAAAUUUCCUCGUGAACAGUUAUUAUACAGUUAUUCUUGGUUGGGCAUUUCAUUUUAUCUUCGCCUCGUUCACUAUUGAACUUCCUUGGACUACAUGUGGCAACCCUUGGAACACAGAAUCAUGCAGUAGUGCCGAAACAAGGACAAAUUCAAGCAACGUGACACAACUUUCACGUCAGCACCUGUUGGCAGUUGAUCCUGCUGCGGAGUAUUGGGAAAAUCGUGUUCUGAGAAUCUCCAGUGGUAUCGAUCAUUUAGGAACAGUUCAGUGGGAUUUGGCUUUAUGCCUCUUGUUAGCUUGGAUAAUAAUUUUUCUGGCUAUCUGUCGAGGGAUAAAAACCUCUGGGAAAGUUAUGUAUUUCACUGCAACCACACCUUAUCUAUUCAUGAUAACACUACUUAUACGCACAGCUCAAUUAGAAGGAGCAUCUACUGGUAUUUCAUAUUAUCUGAAACCAGACUGGAAGAAACUGGCUGACAUGACAGUCUGGUCAGAUGCUGGUACACAAAUAUUUUUCAGUUAUGCCAUUGGUCUAGGUGCGCUAACAGCACUGGGUAGUUAUAACAGAUACCAUCAUAAUUCUGUUCGAGAUUGCCUACUAUUUGCCGGUGCAAACACAUUUACAAGCUUAUUGGCAGGUUUUGUUAUUUUUGCAACCCUCGGUAAUAUGUCCUAUGUUUCUAAAGUUCCAAUACAUUUAAUUGCUGAAUCUGGACCAGGUUUAGCAUUUAUCAUUUAUCCAAAAGCUUUGGGGACAAUGCCAGGAAGUCCAAUUUGGUCGUUUUGUUUCUUCACAAUGAUUAUACUUUUGGGCAUUGACAGUAUGUUCGGUGGAGUGGAAGGCUUCAUUGCAGCUAUUUCGGAUUACUUUCCUCAAAUGAUAUCCAACACCUGGUACAGGGUUAGCUUUGUUGCAGCAACAUGUAUUAUCUCCUAUGCUAUUGGUUUGUUUAUGGUAACUAAUGGUGGUAUGUACAUAUUUCAGUUAUUUGAUUAUUAUUCGGGUAGCCGUAUUAUAUUACUUGUUACAUUUAUGGAAUGUGUCGUAAUUGGAUAUGUAUACGGUUGGAAGCGUUUUGCUGAUGACAUGAAAUCAAUGUAUGGCUUUUCUUUGAAGUGGUUUUGCUGUUUUUACCUGUGCAUUAUAACACCAUUAUUUACAAUGGUUCUGUUUAUAUUUAGUGUAAUUGUGUACGAAGAACUUACAUACAUGCGUGCUGUUUCGCCAGAACCUUAUCACUUCCCUAAAUGGGCUGUGGUAUUAGGCUGGAUGAUGGCCAGUUCGAGUUUAUUCCUAAUUCCUGUUGUUAUGAUUGUAGAACUAAUCAGAACACCAGGAUCCUUUAUUGAGCGGUUGAAAUACUUGUGCACUCCUCGACUUACUCAACAUAACAAUUGUCUGAAUAGUCCAAGCAUUUCUGAUCGUCACCUACUCUUCUGCAACUCUCAUUGACCCUGAGAACUCUGACAACCGUGAAGCUAGCCCAAAAGACAACCGAGAGGGGGAUAUAUCUACGGCAACAUUCAUUCAAAAGAAUUAGAAUGUGUUGGAAAAGUAAAACGGCGCAUUCAUAAGUCAUAAACGAAGAAUUAGGUUUUAAAAAAUAAUUGUAGUGAGGACUACUGCACUGAAAACACUGUAACUAAAAGAAAUAAAGCUACAAGUUUCUGGUAAUUGAUACAAACGAUACUUCUGUGUUCUCAUCAUCUUUGAUGAUACCUUUAUAAUCGUACAUUCCUUCAAAGCCAUUUCUUUUCUGUUGCCACCCUUUGAACACUUUAGUACUGUAUUGUGUUGUUUUCUCUGCCAACAUGGUGAACUGCUCUGUAUUUUAUCCCUUUUUUCUUACAAAAUAGAGUACACUACACAGAAUAGAGUAAAUAUUAAAUUAGAUACUAAUUAUUUUAAUGUACCUUUAUUUUUAAUCACUUCAUCGUCUUGUCGAUGAUGCACUGGUAUGCAGUGUGUUGUUGCAGAGGCGUGAAGCACAUUGUCAUUGUUGUAUACUACAUACAUAAUGCUAAGACAAACCAUGAUGAAAAUAAAUAAUUCUUCACAUUCUCUUGUCGUUGUUUUUUAUUUCAGAAUAAAUUUUUCUGCGUUUAUUUAUUUUUUAUUAAUAAUUUCAGAGAUACUUUAGAUUUCUAUCGGUGUAUAAUUAUUCAUUCACAAAAUUAGUUUACUUUUAUUUUUUACUAAGUAUAUAACCUUCAUCGCUUUCGUUUCAUAUAUAAUUUAUCUGCAUAUUUUCUUUUUUUUUCAUCGAUUCCACACUUUGAAUUCUCUUCUUUUUAUCCCAAGUGGUUGGAUAGAUGGUAGGCGUUUGGUCGAUUGAUUCAUCAGUGUUCAGUAUUAUCUCAAUGGAUGGAGAUAUCACGCAAAUUCUUGAGGGUAGUGGGAAAGAAGAGAACUGGUUUAAUUACUGUACGUUUAGUUCAUUAUUACUGAAGUCGAAGAUGUAAUUAUAAAAUUAUACUUGAAAAUUUACGUGUUUGUGAGGUAGUAAAGCAUGGAGUCUAUUUUUUAUUGCUACCGAAAGAAAACUUUGUCGCUAAUAUUAUUACCAUUCAGAUAUUGAUAUAAUUAUUACUGUUGUUGUCAUCACCUAUGAUGAUAAUUAUACGUUGUACAAAUAAAGUGAUCUUGAUAAU